AUGGCCUGUAUGCAGUCGCCUGAGGGUUUCUCCAUUGUUGCCCUUGGCUUUGAUGAGCAGACCCAGUACCCUGAUCCUGUCAACUAUGGCUUGUGCGAGCAGUUUCGCUUGGAAGCGCUCGCUGUCAGUCUGCAGCCUUCGGCCAAACAGAAGACGCCUUGCUACGUGCCUGUGGAGGACGAUCGGAGGGUGGCGAAUAAGACGAUGUCCAUCUUAUUCACCGUUCUUACUGCAGCAGUGCUGUCGGCCUUUCUUGCUGCCGACGCGUGCCAACCGGAGAACGUGGACCGAUGCGUGAAGGGCGUGUACGACAGCUCCAAGGGUGACCCGGCCUUCCUUCCGCUGAGCGCAGAGCAGCUGUCGCACUUCUGCACGAGAGUAGUCGAAGCUAGAGGCUGCAUACUGCGAGAAUCGGAGGGUUGUCCCGACAGAGCACGGUCCUUCCUCGAAGCCACAAUGGAAGGUCUUAAGGUGGCCUACGAAGACCUCUGCAAGACCCACCACCUGCAAAAGAAUGCUGUGUAUCUACGGACGGCGCAAUGCAUUCGUCAGAACCCGGCCACACAUUGUAUGUACUUGUACAUCAACCAGCUAGACUCAAUUGUGGGCUCCAACGCUACAGCCAAAAUGCAAAUGGCUUGCUGCAACAUGCAGUUUUACUCGCUGUGCGCCCGUGCAUCCAUUACGAAGACAUGCGGUGAAGCCGCGGCAGACCAGGUAAUGGACCUGAUAAACGGCAUGGCGCAGGCGCCAAUCCUGGCCAGCUGCGGAAACAACAUACCCGGCUCAGAUAAAUGCCGCAACGCCCCCUACAUAGCAGCCGACAAAGUGAUGGUGCCUAAGGGUACAGUGCUGUCACGUCAGCUCAAGAUCAUCCUCGAGGAGUCGUGAUCAAGUAUGGCGAGGAAUAAAAUGCACUAAUUCCUGCGGUGCAUCGAAGAU